AUGGCGGCGCUGGGCCGCCCGCAUGCCGUUUCCCGCCCUGCGCCCGCUCUCUCCCCCGUGCGUACCCCCCAAUUCCGACCAUGCUGCCAUCGACCCCACGCCUCCCCCGUCGUGCGCCACUCCCCGCUGCCCGCCCUCUCCGCAUCCCCUCGCCGCGCUCCGCCUGGUGCUGCCAUCGGCGCGCUUCAGCGGGGCAAUGGAGCAGCGCAGGGCGGUGGGGGGUUGCGCGGCGGAGAAACCGCAAGGGCGGAGGCGCAAUCGGAAAGGGCGGUUGAUUAUAGCGAGGGAAUCCGGGACAGACGAAUCCGCCGCAAGGGCGGGAAACGUCGGAGCGACGGCGACGAGGGGACGGGGCAGAUGGCGGAUGACAGCACGGUGCAGAGGGGCAACGGUGCGGUGCAGACGCCAUCGUCUUGCCAGCAGCCAGUCCAGCCGCCCUCAGAACCCACCGCCUCCGCAAGCUCGCCCCCAUCGCCAUCUCUUGCACACCGCCUGCUCUCCCUGCGACGAGGCGCACAGGUACAAGGCGAGGGUCGUGCGAAGAACGCAGAGGGGGGGGGGAGCAGGAGCGGAAGGAGCGGCGAAGAUGGCAGCAGCGUGGUGGAAGCGGGCACAAGCACCGGUGGAGCAGCAGCCCUGAACCGAAGACUCGUGGAGGCCACGUGUCUGGCUGACGUAAUGCAGGUGGUGGCGAAUGAGAUGGCUCGCCUGCCCCCGCGGCCUGAGUGGCACGUGCUGGACGCAGGUGCAGCAGCCAGGGGCGCAGGGGUGGGUGAUGGGCUUCAGAGGUACGGCUCUCGGGACAGUAGCAAGGUGCGGGGUCAUGGGAAGGAGGCAAGGAGGAGCAGGGAAGAGGAGGAGGAAGAGGAGAAGGAGAUGGAGGAGGAGAGGAGGGAGAUGGAGAGAAGGUGGGAGGAGGCAGCAGCGUGCGCUCUCUUCUCGCCCAUCAACGCAGUCACCGCUCUGCACCGCAUAGCACGCCACAUGCAAGCAGAGGGCAUGUCCCCGCCCUCCCGUCUGGCCCUGGCCCGCACUCCCCCCUUGCGCCUGCUCGUUGCUGCCACCCUCCCCGCUGUGCGCGCCGCCCGCUGCAACGCUCAAACCCUCUCCAACCUCGCAUGGGCGCUCGCGCGCAUUGGGGGUGCAGGGGGAGGCGCGGGAGACAUGGUUGCGGGGCAGGGGGCGGAGGGGGAAGCGGGUGGGCGCGGGAUUGGCAGGCGCACGUGGGUGUAUUCGGAGGAGUUGGAUGCGGUGGCAGCGGCAGUGCUGCCUCUACAACACACGCUCGCCCCGCAGCACAUUGCCAAUAUCGCUGCUGCUUUUGCCCUCGCCCGCCACCUCCCCGCACCCGCACUCCUCCCCGCCCUCGCCCACCAGGCCUGCCUUGCGCUCCCCCCGCUCUCCUCCUCCUUCCCAACCACCCCCGCCCAUCCCAGCGGCCGCACGCUAAUUAUGACAGCCUUCUCUCCCCCUCCUCCCUGCCCGCUGGCGUGCCUGCGAGCGUGGUCCCCCCAGCACGUGGCGAACAGCGUGUGGGCGCUGGCCGUGCUGCAGCACACCCACGGGGCGCUCUUCCACACGCUCUGGGGGGAGGUGCUCCGCCGCAGGGCACAGUUCUGUGGGGGGGGAGAGGAGGGGGAGGCGGAGGGGGAGGGGUCGGAAGGGGAGCAGAGGGCUAGAGUGGGGGAGCGGCAUCUGAGCCAGCUGUUUCAGGUGGCGGUGACACUCAGGGCGGAGGGGGCAGGGGGGGCCGUGUGGCACUACUCCAUUGACAUCGCUCUGCCGGGCCGCCGCCUUGCAGUGGAGGUGGACGGGCCCUCACACUUCACUCGCAACACAUGUGCGCUGCUGGCCCCCUCUGCCUCUUCUCGUCUUGCUUCAUCCCAUCACGUGCCCUUUUCACCGUCCUGCAAUCUACAACUUGCCAUCCUUGCCCUGGCAUCCUUAUCUUGCUCUCUUACUCUGCCCUCUCUACUAAUCCCAUGCCCGCCUGCCUUGCCAGUGACUCCGCUGGGAGCAACGGUGCUCAAGAGGCGGCAUCUGGAGGCAGCUGGAUGGACAGUCAUCUCCAUCCCCUUCUACCAUCCCUGCCUCUCUCUCUGCCCUCCCUUGACUGCGGUGCUGUGCGGUGCAGUGGAACCAGCUGGCAGGUGA